GCUUGCACCUUCUUAAAUAAAUUAUUCGAAGAAAAUAAAAAACUAGAUCAUCAUUGUAAAUAUAUUAGUGAUUAUAACAAAAUUAAAAUUAAAAUAUACACACACUCAUCAAAGGAUGUUACAGAAAAAGAUAUACAACUAGCUCAAAUUAUAGAUGACAUAUUAAAAUGUCAUAAUCAUCAAAUCAUUGACAAAAAUCAAAAAUGA